CCUGCAUCGGUCACGUCGCCGAAUGGAGACUCACGUGGUUGUUGUGUUCUGCCUCUACAGUGCAAGAUCGCACUGCGUGUGCGCAGUGCAAGAUGCCGUCGCCAACGCAAGCUCCAAUGGCAUCGACGUGCUCGCAAGGCACAGAGCAGACAGUUGCGGUGGUGAGGCGUUGCUACCGCGGGGUGAGGCGUCGGCCGUCGGGCAAGUGGGCGGCGGAGAUCCGGGACCCCAAGAAGGCGGCGCGCAUCUGGCUCGGCACGUUCGCCACGGCCGAGGAUGCGGCGCGCGCCUACGACGCCGUGGCGCUCCGCCUUCGCGGGAGCCGCGCCAAGCUCAACUUCCCGGAGGACGCGUCGUCGCUCCGCCGCCGGCCUGCCCCCGUGGGCUCUCGGAAGCCCGGUUCCGGCUGGGAUCGCACCACAGACCGCUCGCCGUGUCCGGAGAUGGUGCACUGUGGUGGCGCAAUGGAUGGGCUCGUGGGCGGUGGGAAUGGGCGCUUCUUGGGUUCUUGGAGCAUCGGACCAGAGUCGCCGUCGCGGGCGUGUUGGCCUGCUCCCGUCGUUGCUCCGCUGCUUUGUGGGAACCAUGGAAUAGGGAGCAGUGGAACAGAAGACCGGGGAAUGAAAUAUUGGCAGACCUCGAUCAACCUACCGGACCUCAACCUGCUAUUGCCUGAGCAGGCUGAGCUCGGUACUAAUCGAGAUGUUUCGGAUGACCUAAAUGAGGCUACAUCUGCAUACGAGUCUAACCAAAAUGUUGACAUUCAUGACAAUACAGGUGAGGAUGAGAAUGGAGAUGCACAACUGUCAAAUGGUCAGAAUCAAACAAGGGGUUUCUUAAGUGAUCCCGCUCACAGAGCCAUUAUUUACUCCAUGCUUCUGGAGAGAACAUCUCCAGGCAAACUAAAACUUGGAGAAACAAAGUCUGUAGCUACAGAUUUAGAUGUUCCGUUGAGAAUUGUUCAACGUAUUUGGACAGAAGGAAAAUGUGGUGGUGGAGUUGAUGCUGUUUGUAGCAAGAAGCGAGGAAAUUGUGGCCGUAAGACUACUCCCAAUGAAGAGUUUCAUAAUGUUGUUUUCAAAAGUGUCACAUCAACAAGAUGA